UUUCUUCUCUUCUCUUCUUUGUGGAAAGAGAAGGGGAGAGGGUGCUUUCUCGAGCAGUUCCUUCUUCUCUUUGACCACUUUGUUGGGUGUGACUUGAUAGUUAUGGGGAGAGAGUGGUACUGGGGCGGUGGAAGAUCCACCAAAAGAGGAGGAGAUCAUCAGAAAGAGACGACCUCUUCUGGGUGCAUGUGCGCUGUUUUCCAUUUCUUUGAUUUUCAUCAGUUUCAGUUUGCCAUAAACCAGCAACCUUCUUUCAAGUUCGGCUCCUCUCUUCCCGACGAACCCACCAUUCCUAAAGGAACAGAAGCGCCAAGGAACAGCUUGGAACUAGAGCAACCUCAGUUAGAACCCAACCAGAAAGAUGGUGAUAUUUGUCUAGACAUCCCAAUGGGCAUCCAAAUCAAAACCAGUGGAGACAGAAGGCCGAAGCAAGAAGGUCAUUGCUGCGACUCUUCUUCUUCUUCCACUACUACACCUGAAAUCGUCAGGACUCCAACCCUCGUGGCCCGGCUCAUGGGGCUCGAUCUUCUUCCGGACAGCUGCUCAUCCUCCCCUAGAGUCUCUUCAACGCUAGGGACACCCACAGCGAUCCCCGGAAAGUCUCAUUCGCUCUCUGGUCGACCUCGAAAGCAGCGGUCGAGCGAUCGAAAGAGCUGGUCGGAGAAUUACGGUGAAGUUAAUGUGGGAACUCGGUCUUUGCCGGAGACCCCGAGGAUGUCCUCCGCCAGAAGAUCGGUCGACGCAGAUCGCCGUCUAUCUCUCCAAAUAAGCAAGGAGAACUUAGUUUCGAGCGAAGAAUUGGAGUUCUCGCGCUUCACCACGUUGAGGAGGAAAGAAUUCAAAAGCGACGAUGCGAACAGGAGCCCGAGUUACUACGCGAGGCACAUUGUGAUGCAGGUGAAGGAAAGCGUCGGAAGGAAAGUAGGAAUUGAUAUCACGAACAUGGUCAGGAACAGUGAACAAGGAAGAGAAUCAAGUGUUGAAGCCGUGAAGAAGCAUUUCAAAUCCAGGAAACCUUCCCGGAUUGGUCUGAAAGCUAGGGAAGACAACUCGAGCCCAGGAAAGCAAGAACAAUCAACAUCAUUUUCUCCUAGGCUCAGGCUCCUGGAGAUGAGGGACAAGAAAAUCAGACCACCAUCAAACGUGAAAGAUCAAGUUCCUCAAACUCCAAGCAAUGUCGAUGAUCUUCAGGUGCAACCCACAAAUAGUACCAUGAAGCCGAAGCCUCGAGCUCCUGAAGGGCUAGUACUGAACCAGCGCAAGUCCGCUGAGAAAUGCAAAUCGGAGAUGGAACGGUUCCAGAAGCCGUCCAGAACGUCGACUCUGAGUGUCGUCAGGAACAAGCAAGAGGACCUAUUUGUUCGUCCGACACAAGCUGCAGUGACAUCAUCGGCGAACGCUCCGGACAAGAAAAGGAAGAAAACUCCAUUCUCUGGCGACAUGCGUAGCAUCGCCGUCCCUACUCUUCUCCCAGUUAAGAAAGAUCCUUCCCCUCCGGCAACUAAAAUCCCCCAAAAGCAGGUGCAUGGUCCUCACGCAUCAAAGCAGAGCUCGCAGUUAUCUGGUGGUUCGAGCCCGCAAGAAGCGACGCAUGUGCUCAGUGCCCGAAAAAGUGAGGACGACAGGUCGAAUGGUGGCGCUUCCUCCGCCACCACCGGAGCUGUAGCAGCGGAACUGCAGUACGUUACCCUGGUACUGCAACAUUUAGGCAUCGAAAGGCACACAUCAUCAUUGUCCUCCACGAGAUGGUUCUCUCCAUCUCGACCACUCGACCCGUCAAUUUUCGGCCACCUCGAGCUCUUCUUCUCCAAUACGUCCCCUGAAGAUGGCGAUGCUGGCGCUCCGACAGAGACGUUGAAGGGUCAAUUGCAACACAAGUGCGACAGAAAGCUCUUGUUUGAUCUCUUGGACGAAAUCUUGGUUCAAAUUUUGAAGCCCUGUCUGAAUCUGAAGCCGUGGGUAGGUGCAUCUGAACGACACAGUCACCGUCGUUAUCACCGUCACGAUGAAGGGUCACAACUAAUCGAAACAUUACGCACCAAAAUCGAGAGCUUUCCGAGAGCAGACUGCCGAGUACUCGAGGACGUUGAUGCUUUGAUAGACAAAGAUUUGCCUCGCAUGAAGCACCAGAGUUUGAGGGCACUCGAGGAUGAAGGAGACGGGUUGGUCGUAGAAAUAGAGCGGGACAUACUGGACACGCUCGUCCAAGAAACGGCCGUGGCCAUGGCAUGAUUACAUGUAUGUGGACCGUGCGGUCUAAUUUGUUCAAAAGAUGACGAGACAGCCGACCCAGAAAGCAUAUGGGUCAUUCACGUGAUGAGAUGCUCGAUGUGGGUCAGAUCACCAGGGGGAUGGGGACUCCUUGAAAAGGGGCUCCACCGAUUACACGUAGGACAGCAGGUCGGGAGUUCGACAAUGGCGCGGCCUCCGAUUGGCUCAGACUCUUCUGGGGCAGAGGAAUCCAUUUGCAUUUGCCUUAUUGUAUAUUCAUCGGAGGGGCUUUGUAAUUAAGGACAGUAUUAAUAUAAUAAACUGUUAGCGUAUUACU